CUCAUCCAAGCUAUCGAACGUGACACUGAUGUUAUGGAUUCUACGAUGGCAUUUAAAUUCUUCAAAUAGCAAGUCUAAUGUCCAACGAACACAGCCAAACAAGUACCAGUCAUUGCACGUAUACUUUUAGCUACAUCCCUGCUGUUUUACAAUGCCGAGCAAUAAGCUUGACAAGCCGGAGGUGUGCGAUAACGUCAAGGUGGUGGUACGGUGUCGUCCACUGAACCAGAAAGAGAAUGCGAUGUGCCACAAGCAGGCCGUCGCCGUGGACGAGAUCCGCGGCACCAUCACAGUCAACAAGCUGGAGACCCAACAGGAGCCCCCCAAAACCUUCACGUUUGACACGGUGUUUGGACCAGAAAGCAAACAGCUGGAUGUCUACAACCUCACAGCCCGGCCCAUCGUUGACUCGGUGCUAGCAGGAUACAAUGGUACGAUCUUUGCCUAUGGACAAACUGGAACCGGGAAGACUUUCACCAUGGAAGGUGUACGAGCAGUGCCAGAGCUCCGAGGGAUAAUACCCAACUCCUUUGCCCAUAUAUUUGGUCACAUUGCCAAAGCAGAGGGGGACACUAGGUUUUUGGUUCAUGUAUCAUACCUUGAGAUUUAUAAUGAAGAAGUGCGUGACUUGUUGGCCAAGGACCAGACGCAGAGACUGGAGGUUAAAGAAAGACCAGAUGUUGGCGUUUAUAUCAAAGAUCUUUCUGGGUAUGUGGCAAACAAUGCUGAUGACAUGGACAGGAUCAUGACUUUGGGCAACAAAAACCGCUCUGUUGGUGCUACAAAUAUGAAUGAGCACAGCUCGAGAUCGCACGCCAUCUUCACCAUCACCAUCGAGUGCAGCGAAAAGGGUGUUGAUGGAAACCAGCACGUGCGCAUGGGAAAACUUCAUCUGGUUGAUCUCGCAGGUUCAGAAAGACAGGGUAAAACAGGAGCCACUGGCCAGCGCCUCAAGGAAGCAACAAAGAUCAAUCUGUCACUCUCCACGCUGGGUAACGUCAUCUCCGCCCUGGUGGAUGGCAAAAGCACCCAUGUGCCCUACAGGAACUCCAAACUUACCCGCUUGCUGCAGGAUUCACUCGGAGGGAACUCGAAGACCUUGAUGUGUGCAAACAUAGGUCCUGCAGACUACAACUACGAUGAGACCAUCAGUACCCUGCGCUAUGCUAACAGAGCCAAAAACAUCAAGAACAAAGCCAGAAUCAACGAGGACCCUAAGGAAGCUCUACUGCGCAAGUUUCAGAAGGAGAUUGAGGAUCUGAAAAAGAAACUAGAGGAAGGUGAGGAGAUCUCUGGCUCGGAGGGUAGCGGGUCAGAUGAGCUCGAUGAAGGGGAUGAAGAGGGAGGGGACGCUGGACAAGGACGCAGGCGACGAAGAGGGAAAAAGAAGGUUUCCCCAGAAAAGAUGGUGGAGAUGCAGGCCAAGAUUGAAGAGGAGCGAAAGGCUUUGGAGGCAAAGCUGGACAUGGAGGAGGAGGAGCGGAACAAGGCAAAAGCCGAACUGGAGAAGAGGGAGAAGGAUCUUCUCAAAGCUCAGCAGGAACAUCACCUUCUGCGUGAGAAAUUGUCAGCCUUGGAGAAGAAGGUGAUCGUAGGGGGCGUCGACCUGUUAGCAAAGGCUGAGGAGCAGGAGAAACUUCUGGAGGAGUCCAACAGUGAGUUGGAAGAACGCCGCCGGAGGGCAGAACGCCUUCGCAAGGAACUGGAGGAGAAAGAGCAAGAGCGCCUGGACAUUGAGGAGAAGUACACAAGCCUUCAGGAGGAGGCCCAAGGGAAGACCAAGAAAUUGAAGAAAGUGUGGACCAUGUUGAUGGCUGCGAAAUCAGAAUUGGCAGAUCUGCAACAAGAGCAUCACAGAGAGAUUGAGGGCCUGCUGGAGAACAUUCGCCAGCUGAGCCGGGAGCUGCGACUCCAAAUGCUGAUCAUAGACAACUUUAUACCUCAAGAAUACCAGGAGAUGAUUGAGAACUAUGUGAACUGGAAUGAAGACAUUGGAGAAUGGCAGCUGAAAUGUGUCGCCUUCACUGGCAACAAUAUGAGAAAACAGACACCUGCUCCAGGCAAAAAAGAAAAAGAUCCUUUCGAAGUAGACUUGUCUUACGUGUAUUUGGCUUACACAGAGGAGAGCAUGCAACAGUCAUUGAUGAAACUAGAGAGGCCCAAAACGUCAAAAAGUAGCAAGAGCGGCCGGCCCAAGACUGGGCGCAGGAAAAGGUCUGCAAAAGCAGAGGCAGCCGUCGAGUCCCCUCUGCAGUGACAACAUGGCAGUGUCAACUGAAGAAGUCUCUUGUUGAAUUAACUGAUGAUCCUUAUUUAAAAGAUGAUCUGAGUACACUGUAUACCUGACACGGCUUUAAAUGUGACACAGCGAUUAGCUGUUUGGAUUAUUAUAGUCAAUAUGGUCCCCAGCUUCACAUACCCUAUAGUUUUGAAAGUAAUUUCCGCAGCAGCAGCCCCUGUUAAUGGAGCUGUUAAAUCAGCGCCUCGAACAGCAGGUACAUACUUGGCAAUAAAGAGGAUUCUAAUCUGAUCUGUAAAUCCGGACUGCUAAAAUAUCAUGGCAAAAUGUGUUCUUUUUCUGCAGCAGAGUGAUUGUUCAAUCAUACUUGUCAAAGCUCUUUGGCUUUACUGUUAUUCUUUGUCUUAUACCAUUCAAAAAUGCUUUUUGUUAUACACAUAGAAGCAACAUGAAUGAAAAUAGGAAUUUUAAAAUAUAAACAAUAUUACAAUAUAAUUAAAAAAAAAAAAAUGUUUUGAGAUGUACAGUGUAGCCCAAAAUGACAGACCAAAUUUCGAGUUGAACUUAAUUUUCAUUUGCUGAAUGGGUCUUUUCUAGCUAUAAAUGAUGCACAUGAAAAUAGGAAAAGACUUAUGUGGCCUUAAGAUUCUGUACAUAAACCCUUUUUUCCCCAUUUUUGAAUAAUUUGACCAAAAUGUCAUAUUUCAAAUCCACACCUUGUCUGAAUAUAGGGAUACAAAUGUUAUAAAUGCUCUCAAUUAUGCUCGUUACCAGGAUCUUGUAGAACGGUGCAAAAAAAAAAGUCUUUCUGCGAAAUUGUCAAAUAGGACUCUUUAUUUUAUUUGAUAUGAACAUCAUAAAACAUUGGAUGAACCAAAUGUAUUGUUUUAGCACAACACUUGUACAUGGGAGGAAUUUAAUUGUAGAAGAUGCAUAGAAUUACAGAACGUAGAUGGAUAGAAUAAAGACAAUAGUCCAUAUUUAAGACUGGUGUCAAAGCAAGCAAGUAGUUUUAAUAUUAUGCAUCAAAAUUUUCAUUCAAGCAGCACUGUCCAGGCUUGAGCCAUUUUUUAGGUCCCUGCCAAAUAGCUUAGGAACAAUCUCCAGCCCCGAACUCACUGGGAAGCAAAUUCUAGAGGAGCAACUGGACUGUCCAAAAGAAGUCUUGAACAUUGGGAGUAUACAGUCCCCCCUGACAGAGCCUCGAGUGGCUGGUCUCUCAGAAUUUUGAAAUCUGAUGAUCAGGGCUGAGAACAAUUAUGACAGUUAUUCAUUUACAACUGACUUAUUUUUUUAUUAUUUUUUUUUUUUCAAAAUUAAAAACCCAAUGAAAAUUGCAAUUGUUAAAUAAUAGCUUAGCUCAAUCAAUAUCUUACAAUCUUUUGCCACUUUGUUGUGUCAUUUCCUGCUAAAGGAUAACCAUUCAACAAAUCAAAAUGUAUGGUAUGGUGAAUUAAGUUUGGGUUUGAUAGUAGAUCCUAUUGAUUUCAUAAAAGUUAAAAAUUUAUUGUAAUCAGUUCUACAAUUACUCUGUCCCUGAAAAAGAACAGUUUGAAGAACUUCAUCCCCAUAUUUCCAUGACAACAGCAAAAGAUGUGAACUAUAAACUGGAUCUGUAUGUUCUGAUAGUUGUUUUCACACUUUUUAUGAAAAAGGCAACUGUUUUAUUCAUUGGAAACUAAAUGCAGUAAUUUGCGGUAUCGCUCCUUAAGACUAAUUCAGUUUUUCAAGGUGAAGUCAAAUGCUUCUACUCUGAAAAGACCUUUCAGUAGUCCUUAGUAUUUAAGUGAAAGUGCGCGUUCUACUAUUUCACGUAGGUCAGAAACUUUGGGAGCGUGCAUGCCAGCCAGCUCUCGUUAGUGCCACUUACUCGUCUUCUAUUUUGAAAAGUUACAGCUAUAUUAUUGAGAUGCACCAUAUUUACUGUAUGCCUUAGUGUAAUGCACUCAUUUGAGGCUCUGUGAAGGUCAUUUAAAUUUCACGUGUGUGUUUCAUAGUGGAGGCAAACUGGCUUUUGUUUUAUAUCAUAUGUCAAAUGUUUACAUUCACCCUGGAUGUUUUAUUUAUUAAAUUAUUUUAUACACGUUUACCUCA